AUGAUAUCUUUAACCAUGCAGAACUUUCCCUCAUGCAUGCUACUUCUCCUUGUAAUCCUAACCGCAAAUCUCUUGGUCCCUUCACUCUCAGAAAAAUGCAACCCAGAUGACAAAAAAGCCCUUCUCCAAAUCAAGAAAGAAUUCGGAAACCCAACCAAACUCUCUUCAUGGGAUCCAACCACCGACUGUUGUAACGGCACAUGGUCCGGUGUCUCAUGCGACACCGACACACAAACCUUCCGCGUCAACGACCUCGAUCUCUCCGACCUCGACCUCCCUCAACCUGUCUCCAUUCCACCAUCCAUCACAAAUCUCCCUUUCCUCUUCUACCUAUCUCUCUCCCGCAUACCAAACCUCGUCGGUUCUAUCCCACCUUCAAUCUCCAGCCUCACCAAGCUCCGGUAUCUCUACCUCAGCCACAACAGCCUCACCGGCGUGAUACCCAACACCCUCUCACAGAUCAAAAGCCUCUUAACCCUGGACUUCUCCUACAACAAACUCAGCGGUCCCCUCCCCGACACUCUCUCCUCUCUCCCUAACCUUAUCGGAAUCACCUUCGACGGUAACCAACUCUCCGGCCCUAUACCAGAGUCCUACGGGUCUUUUCCGGAUUCAUUUACAGUGCUAACUCUGUCCCAAAACAGUCUCUCCGGGACAAUCCCAGCAUCUCUGGCGAAACUGGACCUUUCGUUUGUGGACUUAUCACGGAACUCAUUAGCGGGUGAUGCUUCAGUGUUGUUUGGUUCGAACAAAAACACUCAGAAGAUAGUGCUGGCGACGAACUCGCUGGCGUUUGAUAUUGGGAAAGUUGGGUUGUCAGCGAAUUUGAAUUAUCUGGAUUUAAGGAACAACAAAAUCUACGGUACGCUGCCGGAGGCACUGACGGGACUGAAAUUUCUGCAUAAUUUCAACGUGAGCUACAAUAAUUUAUGUGGUCAGAUUCCACAAGGUGACAACUUGAGAAGGUUUGAUGAGUAUUGUUAUGCUCAUAACAAGUGUUUGUGUGGUUCUCCUCUUCCAGCUUGCAAGACUUGA